GGGUGGUUCAUAUAAGCAACCUCCACUCGCUGUCCAAACUUGCAUCCUUAUGAAGCGCUGCGGUGUUUAGGUGUGAUCUUAAGGCUCAGCUCUCACAGCUCUCCAGACCAGUCUAAAGGAGGAUCAGGGAGCGCUGAAAACUUCUAAGAAGCCCAAAGACUUACCAACUAGACACACAAGUUUGCAUCUGACAACAGACAUGGAGUCAAAAUCUGACUCUGGACCAGCUUCGUUGACCAGCGAAGAACUGGCUGCUAUUGAGGAUGAAGGGGUUCUCAACAAGAUGCUGGACAAUGCAACAGAUUUUGAAGAGAGGCGAAUGUUACGCGCUGCAUUGAGGGACUUGCUCAAGAAAAAGAGAGAUAAACGGGAGCAGGAGCGAGGGUCGAGGCAGCAGGACUUGAAACAACAGGGCCUGAGCAAAGGAGGAACAACAGGCGGAGCUGUUAGUAUAGGCAGAGCGUCCAUGAACCAGCAGCCACCAACAAACAAGCCACCAGGCAAAUCCUCUCCAUCAGCAGGCAGCCAGGCGAGUCCCACUGUAUCCUCGGCCCUGAAAUGUCCUCCUGCUGCAGCACCCAAUGCUAAAAAUGUCAAACAGAUGCUUCUGGACUGGUGUAGGGCCAAAACAGAGCCAUAUGAGGGGGUGAACAUCCAGAACUUCUCCUCAAGUUGGAAAGACGGCAUAGCCUUCUGCGCCUUGGUGCACCGGUUCUUCCCUGAUGCCUUUGAGUACUCGAUCCUCAACCCCAACAAGCCCAGGGAAAACUUCCAGCUGGCCUUCAGCACUGCAGAGAGGCUGGCAGGCUGCCCCCCUCUGCUGGAUGCUGAUGACUUAGUCCGGAUGAAAGAGCCCGACUGGAAGUGUGUGUACACGUACAUCCAGGAGUUCUACCGCUCCCUGGUGGAGAAAGGCCUGGUCAAAACCAAAAAGCGAACAUAGACAGUUUUCAUGAUUGGCUGUGAUUUCUUUUUUUCUUUUUUUAAUACACACACAAGCUUGAGCUGAGGUCAAAAAGAUCAUAUUAUGCACUUUUUUAACCAAAUAUUUACAUUUUGUUUGGUAUCUUGCCACAAAAGGGAGGAUUAAGUAAUUGAUGUGACUGGCUGAUGCAUCAUGUGAAUGUAAAUGCACAAUGUGUUUUAUUUGUAUCGGCUUGUGUGUUACCAGGGAUUUAUGGGUGUCUGUGUGCUCUCAGCCGACAGCUGGCGCUUAGGAUCAGUACAUUCCUCUGAGAUUACACAUCUGCAUUAAUCCCGGUCAGAGCCACAGAGAAUCUGGGAACAAAUUUUAUGACGAUUCUGAAUGUGUGAGUAUUAAAGACACAUCAAAUAAAUAUCCAUUUAAUUAUA